UUCGUUCCAAUAAAUCCAAAACCAUUUCUUCGAGACUUAGUGAAUCAUAGAAUCAUUGUAACGUUGAAAUUUAACAAUACACAAUAUCGAGGUACAUUAAUAUCAAGCGAUAAUUAUUUCAAUAUACAAUUGAAAGAUGCAGAAGAAUGGAUCCAAGGCGAGUCUAAAGGUGUAGUUGGAGAGAUAUUUAUUCGAUGUAACAAUGUUUUAUGGAUUUCUAAGGAUACUAAACUGGAACAAGAGUAA